UCCACCGAGAAAAGCCCGCUCUCAGCGGAGCACGGCGACGCGUUCGGAUUAGGUCAUUCUUCCGCGCCCGCUGGCUGGAGCCGAUUGGCCCGUGGGCUCGGGGGCGUGGCCCUAGCGGCUGAGGAGAGCGGCGGCGCGCGGGCGGUUGGUCCGCGAUCCUGCCUCGCGGCGACCAGGCCUUCCUCGGGUGCUCUCGGACAGUGGCCGGCGGAAGCAUGGCUGGAACCCCCGCGCCGAGCAGCAGGAGGCGGAGCGGGCUCCCGGCGCCUGGCCCUGGCCCUCCGCCCAGCACCGGGCACCCUCCGACCAAGCGAGCCCGGGGCUUCCCAGCGGCCGCCGCCCCGGACCCCGAAGACCCGUUCGGCGCGCACGGGGAUUUCACUGCCGACGACCUGGAGGAACUCGACACCCUCGCGUCGCAGGCCCUGAGCCAGUGCCCGGCCGCUGCUCGGGACGUGUCCAAUGUUCAUAAGGUCCCCAGAUUAGAUGGGAUGUCAAAAACUCCUGUAGGGAAGAACAGAGAAUUUGUUCCAGUUCAAGAUAAUUUUGAAUUAGAAGUACUUCAGGCACAAUACAAAGAACUUAAAGAAAAGAUGAAAGCAAUGGAAGAAGAAGUCCUCAUUAAAAAUGGAGAAAUAAAAAUUUUGCGGGACUCACUGCAUCAGACAGAAUCCAUGCUAGAGGAACAGAGAAGAUCACAUUUCCUUCUUGAGCAAGAGAAAACUCAAGCACUUGGUGACAAAGAAAAGGAAUUUUCCAAAAAGCUCCAAUCAUUGCAGUCUGAACUCCAGUUUAAAGAUGCGGAGAUGAAUGAAUUAAGGUCAAAGCUCCAAAGCAGCGAACGAGCAAAUAAAUUGGCUGCUCCCUCUAUUCCCCAUAUCAGUCCUAGGAAAAGCCCUUCUGUGACUGUAAAGCCAGAAGCAUGUUCUCCACAGUUUGGAAAACCAUCUUUCCCUACAAAGGAGUCUUUUAGUGCUAACAUGUCCCUUCCCCACCCCUUCCAGACAGAGCCAGGAUACAAGUCCCUGGUGGGCAGAGAGGUUGUAGAGAAUAAGAGCCACAGUGACUCCAUAAAGCAAGAAGAAUCCCAGAAAAAUCUUAUUGACAGCUGGAUGCAGAGAUCAAACACUCAAGGUUCCAUUUUGAUAAACCUCCUCCUGAAGCAGCCUUUGAUCCCAGGGUCAUCCCUAGGUCUGUGCCACCUCCUGAGCAGUUGUUCUGAGGCUCCUACAAGUACUCUGCUGCAGCCCCCAGGGUUUGGCAGUACCUUGACUGGGAUUUCAAGCCUGAGGACCACAGGUUCUCGCGAUGGGUCAUUUCCCCUCUUGGCUCUGAGAGAAGCACAGAACCUGGCACUCACUGGACUGAAUCUCAUUGCCCGGGAUGAAGGCUCCUGUGAUGGAGACACAGCAGAGGGCAGCAGAAGGGCCUUCCCACUCUGCCAGCUUUCUGGAGCUGUGCAUCUCCUCCCCCUGGUACAGUUCUUUAUCAGCUUACACUGCCAGGCUCUGCAAGAUUUGGCAGGAGCCAAGAGAAGUGGAGCGCCUGGGGACUCAGCGACACGUUCCUCCUGCGUGAGCUCUGGGGGAGAGGCCAGCCUCGAGGACUCCCUUUGUAACCUGGAAGGCUUCUCUGUGGCAUCCCUCAGUGUUCUUCAGCACCUUGUGUGCCACAGCGGAGCGGUCGUCCACCAAUUACUGUCCGAUGCAGGGGUGGAUUCUGCUGCUAUGGAAGGAAACCAGAGCCUGGUUCACAGACAAGAUCAUGGGGAUGUGUCCUCAGCUCCAAAGGGGCUUGCCAGUGACCAAGGCCAGCAUCCACUACUGAAGAUGCUUCUUUACCUGUUGACUUUCUCUUCUUCAGCAACAGGUCAUCUUCAAGCCAGUGUCCUGAGCCAGUGUCUUACGAUUUUGGUGAAAUUAGCUGAAAAUGCUUCCUUUGAUUUCCUGCCCAGGUUCCAGUGUGUGUUCCGUGUGCUGCCACAGUGCCUCAGCCCUGAGAGCCCCCUGCCCAGCGUGCUGCUGACUGUCGAGCUCCUCUCCCUCCUGGUGGACCAUGAGAAACUGGCGCCCCAGCUCUGUUCCCGCUCAGAAGGCUGUCUCCUCCUGCUGCUGUACAUGUACAUCACAUCAAGGCCUGACAAAGUGGCCUCGGACACACAGUGGCUUCAGCUAGAACAAGAGGCUGUGUGGCUCCUGGCUAAGCUUGGUGUGCAGAGCCCCUCCUCCCCAGUCACUGGCUCUAAUUGCCAGUGCAACGUGGAGGCGGUCCGAGCACUCACGGUGAUGCUGCACAGACAGUGGCUGACAGUGCGGAGGGCCGGGGGGCCACCGAGGACGGACCAGCAGAAGCGGACGGUGCGGUGCCUGCGGGACACGGUGCUGCUGCUGCAUGGCCUGUCCCAGAAGGACAAGCUCUUCACUGUGCACUGCGUGGAGGUCCUGCAUCAGUAUGACCAGGUGAUGCCAGGGGUCAGCAUGCUGAUUCGAGGGCUUCCUGACGUGGCAGACUGUGAAGUAGCUGAGGGAGCAAGGCCUGGGCGUGGAAGGGACUGAACCCUGUUCUCUCUGCUCAGAGGCAGCCCUGGAUGACCUCUGUGCCGCUGAAACCGAUGUGGAUGACCCUGAGAUGGACUGCAGCUGAGGCCGCUGAACAUUGAGCCACACGGUGGCACCAGAACCACUAUUUUCCCCUCCGCUUCAUCAGAUUAAAAGCAGUGAAGGGUUGUUUGAGAA